AUGAUAGAUUUCCAGAAACGGGUAGCAUACAUCAGAUUGGAUAAGUUCGAUUUAGGUAAUUUUAAUGUAGAUUAUGGAGCCAAGAUAGUUGCAAGUGUUGGCACAAGAUCGUCGCUUCUUAGAAAUGCCAAAGAUUUUGAUUUCCUUGAUAAAAAUCCACAAAAAGUAUGGGAACUCAGAUACCAUAAUCCCAAUACUACAUCAUUUAUUUUCACAUUAGCGAAAAAGCGUAUAUUCGGUGGAGAUAUACCAAUUGGCGAAGUUGAACUUAAAUUAUCAAAUUUUGAAACAAAUACUGUUGUUAAAUGCGAUUGCAAACUUAGAAACCCUUCAAAUAGAAGACUUAAUUCUACAGUUACACUUUCUAUCCAUGUAUGCGAAGAUGGAUCUGCUCCAUUUAACGCUCCUGAUGCUAACAUUGUAUCAUCAUCCUAUCUUGUUCGCAAAUCUUUCAUGUAA